GCAGCAGGGCCGGCCUGGGUGAUGUACACACCACUGGGCUGAGUUUCGGGCACGGGGUUUAUCUCUUGGAAGUCGACUAAGCUGAUCCUGAAACGAUGCGUGUAACGUGAACGGUGAUCUCGCUUCGUGGAGAAGAUUCACUCAAAGUUGAGGUGACCGGGAGGCGUAAACGUGGGAGGUGGAACGGUGUGACAAUUGCAGAAGUUGCCGAAGUGGGUGGGCGAAGUAAGAGUGAACGAACAGAUGAGGAAGCGUGGGACGUCGUCGUAGUUGUCGUCGUCCUCGCCGUCGACAAUUGACCGUGUGCGACGAGGUCAGUUUCGUAACAGGUGGGGGCGGGGCAGGUAAAGAAACGUAAAAUGAUGUGAGGCUGGUAUUGCGAGGCUGGCUUUCUCGUGGAUUCCCCAGGACCUGCACGCAAGUUGGCACCAAGACGUCUAUUGCCAAUCCAGCCUCGGCAGCUUGUAGCCAAUUUUCAUCAUUCCAUGCUUCGGUUGAUCGUUCGUUCUCUGUGCGUUGAGACGUGAUUUCAUCGUCAUCGUCGUUAGGAGGAGACAACGACUGAAUCAGUCUGCUGCUUCUCUUCCCUUCUUCACCCUGUGGCAUCUGGUGCCUGCGCAUCUGGUUGACAAGGUGGGCCUGCUUUGCAAUGCCGCGUGCACGUACACACCCGCAGCGUGUUUGUUUGCUGUGCUUGUGGCAUUUGCAGUGGCUAGAUAUGAGCGGCGAUGGUGGCGUAGAUUUGGUCUCUGAAUUGGAGAGCUUGUAGAUUGAUUGAUGGUUUGGGCGAGGAGAGGGAGAAAGAGGGCUUGAGGGAUGAUUGCAGUAGGGUGAGUGGAUAUCGGACUCCCACUUUCCUGCGGUUUAGUUCUUUGGCUAUGGGUGCUAUUGAUCUCAAUCUGAGGGAGUUUAGAAGAGAUGGGUAAGGUGUGAUCGUGGCGCCGUGAACAACCAUUUUCUGGUUUUCUGCGAGAAGGUUUUGCCACACACACACACAACCCCUCCCACUUUUUGUUUUUUUUUACCCUUCUCUUUCCUCAAGUCGCUUUGGAGGUAAAUUAUUUGUGUUUUUAUUCUCAUCCUUAAUACCGCACCAUCAAUUUGGUGUGGUAUUUGUAACAUAUUGGGGCUUUAGACGAAUUUUUGGAGAUUGUUUUGAGUGCGGCCUUACCAGAAUUGAGUCUGCUUCUGUAGUGACGGCGGAAGUUUUGGGAGUUUAGGGGGUUGGUGUGAAGUUUAGAGAAUUGGAUCUUGGUGGGCGAGAGCAUGCAAUCACAAUGGUCAUAAGGUGGUUGUAGAUAACAUGCUUUGGCUUUGGGAGCGCGCGAAAGCUGUAACAUUAAAGAGCGAGUGUUGCUUUCAAGACGAGCCAAUGGCAAGCUGAAGUGUUGCGGUGCGAAUGGAUUGGGGUGGGUGCAUAAUCGUCGCGCAUGAAAUGUUCCAAGGAGGUUUUAUGCUAUCCUAAGAGCGUGGUAGAGGUGUGGAAAUGGCAUGGGGAAGCCUACACAAUGACGCAGCUUUUCAUUGGAGUGCAACUGCGCUGCUGUUUGCCUCUGGAGAAGCAUUACUGGCCUUGAUAGUCUUCAUAUGCGCAGUCCUGAACUUCUUCACUUCAUCCUUUAUUCGAGUCUCUGGGCUCUACGUUCCUUGCUCUUGCUGUACGCAUCUCCAGAAAGGGUCAUUGGAAAAUGUAGACUCGGUACCACAGAAGGAUUUCGUGUUGCCAAAACCAAAGUCGAUCAGUGUUCCCAUUGAAAGUGAAGUGAGUUCAAGAGACGUUGGUAAUAGUGAUGACUCUUUGAGAGAUGGCGAUCUUAAGAAGUCUUCAGAUUUCAUCGCAGUCUGUGCUUCAUCAGAGAGUACGGCUCGCGAACACUUGCGGGAGGAUUCUCCUGAAGGAGAAAAAGCUGGGUCUGUGGAGACAAAUGUUGUACGAUCAGUACAGAUAAACGAAGACUCCAAUGGCCGAUGUCCCGAGGAUGUGAGACGGGAACAAUAUUUGAAAGAUCAGGAACUGCUGCAUGCUUUGCAGUUGGAGCGCGAAGCUAUGGCUGCUCUGUACAGUGAGUUAGAAGAAGAACGGAACUCUUCCGCUACAGCUGCGAGUGAAGCUCUAGCUAUGAUCUCCAGACUACAAGAAGAGAAAGCAGCUAUUCAGAUGGAGUCUCGACAGUUUCAGCGGAUGGUAAUGGAGAAAGCUUUGUAUGACCAGGAGGCAAUUGAAGUUCUGAAAGAAAUUCUUGCGAAACGUGAGGAAGAACGGCUAGCACUGGAGGAGGAGAUGCAUCUAUACAAGGAGAGAUUAGAAGCUGUGUUGAUGGAAGAGAGAGAUUAUGCUCAAAGAGCUGGAGUAGACUGCGCAUCCAUGCUCCAUCUCGAAGAAUCCUAUGUGGAUGAAAAAUCUAUCACCUCUCCGAAAUCUGAACGAGCAGAGCUUACGACUACCGAUAGAGUUGCUCCCAAUUCUAGACUUGCGAAGGAGGAGGAAGCUGAAUUCCUCGACAGACUGAACAAAACUAAGAGUCAGCUUCUUACUGCUCUGCUGCGGGAAGGAAUAUCUGAACCUGCAAGCGCUAUUAUGGAAUCAGUGAGCUUCGCUAAUGAGAUCCACAAAGCGAUGGCGAAAGUCUCGCCGAGAACUGAUAGUCUUCCAGUAUUGGAUCACGAUAGUCAAAAAACUCCAUUAGGGUUAAUUGCGAUCAAGGCAGGUCGUGAGAAUAGUCUACCAAUACCCCCUCCUACAGUUCAUAAGGGUCAGCUUGAGCAAGCACCGACGAAGACAACGGAUUGUGAAAGAGCUGCUGAUGCGCCUGUUUCUGCCAGUAGUGAAAUCGAUCCUCCGUCUUCGCCUUUCACAGUGGUCGAGAAGACCGAAGUGGUAUUGGAAGAGGAUGAUAAGAAAGUGUCUGAUGAACCUGUUUCUACCAGCUCUGAACGAGGUCUGCCAGCUUCUUCCUUCGCUGCCAUUAAGAAGCAGACUGAUAAGACAUUGGGGAUGGAUGGUGAAAAACCUCCUGGAAAGCCUGAAUUUGUGAGUCUUCUGAGUUUGAAGAGAAGAUGGAUCGCCCGCGGUUCUCAAGAAGUGUCACUAGCAGAGAGUCUAGCGAAAGCUAAGGAAGACAGGCGUAUGGAAGAGAAGAGGUUGUCAGUGUUAGAGUAUGUGAGGAAUUUGGAAGAACAACUUCAACAGCAAGGAGGGAGACCUACUGUGCAGCACGCUAGGCCAACAAGCAUUAAUGGAGGAGAAGAAGGUACUAAAUUCAAGAGCCCCGGUCAGCUUGAAAGCAGUUCUUCUUCAGUAAUGUCAGGCAGUCUUGAAAGAGGUAAUUCAUUUCAACGACUGAUUAUGGACGAAGAUUCUGUUGAUAACACGACCUUUCUUCAAGACGAGAGAAGAGACAAGAAGUACGCGCAGCAGUAUAGCUUCAACUCCGAAAGUGAUGCCCAAGUCAGUAACGAUGAUGGGGAAAUAUACGUCAAUGCUGGGAGGUCAGAAGAGAGUGUCGACGAAGCUCUAUCCGUGCAUGAUAUUUAUGAGACAAUUGACUCUUUGCGAAGAGAGAAUGGAGAGAUGAAGCUCAUCCAAGAGAUUGCCCAGCAGUCGCGCGAGCUGCGAGGCUUGGAGCAGAAAGAGAUCCAAUCUAUGAGCUUUCCGCCACAAACUCUGCAGUUUCAGGUUGGUAUUGGUCGGGAUGCCCCAAGAACGUAUAAGAAGCGUCGACACAAUAGUACUGUAAGGGCAGAUUCAUGUAGACCUAGCGCGCGUGGUCCAGGGCUUUCUCAUGCUUCCUCUUUGUCAAUGCUCGAUUUGUGCACAGAAGGGAAAAAUAAUAAUCCCUAUAGUGUGGUUUAGUGAAGGAAGGUAAAUGUGGACGAUCAGGAAGAAUUCCUGAUCAAAAUUGAAGAUCAGGUUAGAAAGUUACAAUAGGCUUUCAGGUUGGCACUGGUAGAUGCUCAAGCUGAACCGUGGUUUAUUCUUCGGAUUCCUUUUUGGUGUAUGUGUAUGGUAGACUAAAUUAGGUUGGUUACCACUUGAAGAGAUAACUCUGCAAGUUUUGUACGAUAAGCAGGAAUUCAUGAUGCAACUCUUGGAAAUGCCAGCCAAGAUACUCUCUUCUCUCGUA